AUGGAUAAAUCAAAAUUGGUUUAGCACACAUCAUCUUUGAAUACUAAUCUGCAAUAUUAUCUAAAUAAGUUCGAGAAGAACCAGGAAUGGGCUGAUAUCGCUCCGUUGUUGAUGAAAAUUGAAGGAUUAUUGAAACAACACCCGUCUCCAUACAUAAUCGAAAAGAUUCAAUUAAGCAAGAGAUUGGCUUAAUGUCUUAAUCCACAUCUAUCGGCACCAAUUCACAUGUCAGUGUUAAAGAUCUAUGAUCAAUUAUUCAAAAAUAUGGCAAACUUCAGUGUUGAAGGAGAUCCAUCAGGAGUAGUGAAAUUGUAUUUGGAAGAUCUUGCUCUAUAUUCAAUAGGAUUGCUUCCCUUUUUUUCGAAUGCGUCUUCGAAAGUGAGACCUUAAUUCUUGGAUCUAAUCAUCUAACAUUACGUUCCUUUGGGGAGAGAGUUGAUCCCAAUGUUGCCAGGACUGGUGGCCAGCAUAUUGCCAGGUUUGGAUGAUCAAUAGGAAGCAAAUCAGAAGAAAUGCAUGACAGUCCUGGAUGAAUUGAGUCAUUCAGCUGGCAGAAAGUUCCUUAUUGGAUCAGUGUGGAUGUCAAUGUUAAGGAGUCCUAAAUGCAGAAGUUCAUCUUUGAAGUAUUUGUCUCAGAAGAUACCAAAAAUGUAACAGGAAUAGGAGGAUGAACAAUCAGAUUACAUGAGUGACGAAUAUGAUGAGGAGGAGUAAUAGAAAUCGUAAUCGAUGGCAUUAGAAUAAUAGUAAUAGCAAUAGAAAGUGACUCAAAAUAAUCAGGAUAUAGAUGAUAUUAAGGACGAUUCUAUUGAGUAGGCUAUGGAUAAUAAAGCUUAGAAUGAGAUUAGGAAGAGAACUAUUGUAGUAGAAUAGAGCAUGGAAUUGAAGCGAAAGUAGGCUCUGAUGAAGAUUGAGGAUGGCAUCGAUGAGGAAUCUCAUGAGAACAAUUUCCCUCCACUUUAUGUCUCUGCUCUCAUAUCUUGUUUGGAAGAUGAAAAUUAAUUGAUUAAGAGAUAAGCACUUGACAUGAUGUACACGCAUUUGAAAUCCAAUAUCAUUUAAGAUAAUAAAGAGAUUUUGGUUGAAGCCUCAUUGAAAUUGCUAAUAAGAAAAGAUUUGUCUGUGACCAGAAGAGUCAAUCAAUGGUUAUUCGGUAAGCCAGACAUGGAUAAUAAGUACUAAAUAACGGAACAAAAUAAGGAUAUCCUUCAAUAUGUUGUGAAUUCAUUUAAUAAGUUUUUACAGUAAGAGGCUAAUGAUUAGAAUGCAGUUUUUCCUAUAAAGUUGUUAUAGAAUUUCUUCAUGGAACAUGAUCAUAUGGUUGAGUUGCUGAUUGGAGAUGUCUCAUUUAAUUUGAUUAAGUAUGUUGAGAUUAAUCAUAAAAAAUACCCAGAGAUUAUUAAGUCUUGCAAAAGAUUGUUGGAAUCAAUUACAUCAUUUUUGUUGAUUGUUGUUCAUGAGGUUAGCGAAUAGUUUAACAAAUAUAUCAAUUUCUUAUUUACUACUCUAAUCACUAAAGAAGAUAAUUUCGAAAAAUCAGUUGAAUUCACAUUAUUAAGGAUUGCUGCAGCUAAUUUAAUGACUUGUCUAUCCAACUUUUCUCCAGAAGAGUUAAGGAAACAAUCACCUGGUUCCACCUUAAACAAACUAUUGGUCAGAAUGGAACAAUUGCCCUAAUAAAUAGAUAAUCAAUUGGUGAGACCUCCCUAGAUGGCUGAUUAUGAUGAAAGCAUAGAAGAAUUUGGGAUGUUAUAUUAAAAAUUGGCUGAUGUGAUUCUUGAAGGAGAUGAGUAAUUAAGAGUUGAAUUUGAAUCCAUCAGUAAAUCCUUAAUCAAGGGACAAAGAUUUAAAUAGAAUAAGGAAGUCCCAUAACUUCCCUAAUGGUUUACAUCCAUAACUAAAAUCAUCAAAGAGGAGAAUCCCUCAAUCUCUCUAUUGGCUAUUCAGAGCAUGAUUGAGAUUCUCAUAUCAGAGAAGGUGGAUAUCAUUUAUGAGAAUCUGAAAAAGUUAAUCAUAGAAGAAAGCAGGACUAAAAUGUAGAAGAAUUAGAUAAUAGAAGGAUAAGACUAUACAAAGUUGACUUUAGAGAAGCUAUGGAAUCUCCUUGAUUAUCCUUUUUUCCAUGAAAGAAUCAUAGAAAUGAUUGUCAAUCUAUCUAAAGUAUUCCCAACAUUUUUCACUGAAGUUGUAAUUCAUCAAUUCAAAAAUAUGCAAGAGGCAGCCAUCAGGAGAUUUGCUCUAUUUUGGAAAUUGAGUGCCACUCAUUAUAAAGAAUUAUAGGAUUUAAAUAAAGUGGGACUCUUCUUAAUGCUUGACUUUUUGGAUCAUGAAAAUCCGAUCAUCAGACAUAAUGCCAAAAAUUGGUUAUUAGAAUCAACAGGAAUGUUAGAAAGAAUCUUGGAUCCUCUAUUCGAAGUUCUAAUUUAAAGUAGUUCAUCUUGGUAUUUGACUGACAACCAAUAGAUAUUCUUUGCCAAAGUUUAUGAAACCAAAAGAAUCAAUGAAACCAUCAAAAAACUAAAAUCAAUUCUCAUCUCAUUCAGUGCUAGAUUCAUGGAAUAUGUCUAAGAGACAGAGAUCUCAACAUACAUCAAGGAUAUCCGUAUGCAUUUCACUAAUGAAAGUAGUGUGAUCAUGUAAAAGGACACCAUGAUGUACUUAGAUUUAUUGGUUAUCAUUUGUCUGAAAUAUGUGUAAGGAUAAGCCAUUGAGAGUAUGUCUCUAAAAUUCUACAAGGAAAAUGCUGCUGUAAAUGCAUCUGCAUGUGAAUACAUCGAAUUAUUGAUUGUCAAUGUUGAAAAUCCUAUUGUCUCCUUGAAAUUCGCUGAGUACAUCAUGCAACCACUGUAGAUUGUAUUGUAUCAUGCAAUCGAAAAUGAAGAUCUGGUGAUGCAAGUGCAAAUUCUGAAUUUGUUCAAAGUCAUUUUCUUCAAUUCCUCCUUUAGAACUAAAUUCCAACCAGAACAAAGGGAAUUAAUCGAAGACACAAUGAGUAGAUCUGUCAGUAAUAGCAUUUUCAUUCCUACUCUUCUGAGAGGUAUGCACACUCAUGUACUUUAUGUCAGAGCCUAAUACAUUCAUUUCAUUAGUACUUGUAUCCCCUUGUUGGCUGAACAUUUGAGAUAAUAAACACUGACUGAUUGUGUCUAAUAAAUCUUGACUGCUUAUUUUAAAAUGAUUAAAGAUAUUGCAAAUAGAUAGUAUGAAUAAUAGAAAUCAGAUCAGAAAAUGAAUUAAUUUGAUUUUCCUUAAGGAUCAUCUCAACAUGAAAUAUAAUCCAUCCUUAAUUGGAAAAGAGAUGACAUGAUUUAUGAGAAGCUGAAAGAUGAUAGCACUGUAUUCAAUACAGUAAAAUCUGUGAUUACCUUUGGACUACUUAAUGUUUAAGAUCAAAAUAAAACAACCAAGUUGGUAUUCUAGAAGUUCCAAAACACUUGUGAAGUGAUUAUGUCAACAUUACCCUCCAUUUUGGAAUUGUAUAUCAAUUGCUGGUCAUUAGGAUAAGAUUUCAUAAAGUAUUCUGACACUCUGACUGCUAUGGGAAUAGAAUCUUAUUCAUUUGAAAAGUUCAACUCAUUCAAUAAAAUUCUAUAAGAAUAACACACAAAGGAUACUAACAUUGUCAAACCAUAGAUCUUAUAAAUGAUGAAACCCUUAUUCAUGAGUUAUUCCAAAUAUUUCAUGACAGCAUUGCUAUCCGUUUGGAGUAAUUAAAUCAAUCUAUUACAGAGAUUAUUCUUUGAAAAUGAACAAAUCUUGAUAGAUCCAUUUUCUCUGCAUUAGAACACAUUCCUAUUGAAGACUAUUGAAAUAAUGAUAAUGAUGCAAUGUCCAAUUGAACUACUUUUAGAUAGCUUAUUGGAAUCUUAACAAUUGUAAGAGUUGCAAAAAUAUUAUGAUAUCUAUAGAAGGAAGAAAUUAACAACAACUAUGUUGAAUUUUUAGAUUGCAUAAUAAGAAACAAACAUCCUAUACUUUUUAUAUUGUUAUUUCACUUUUGCUUAAAUAGACUCGCAGUAAUUAAAGAAGGAAAAUCUGCUUCCUUUUUGGAUGCAGAUAAUGAAAAUUCUCUAGAUAUUGGCUUUAUCAAAAUCUCCAAGUACAAAUAUGUGGCUAUUGGAAUUGCAAUUGUUAUUGACUCGCAAAUAUUCGCCAAAGGAAAUUAUUGGAGAUCAAAGAUUUAGAAAUCAACAUCACGAAUUCAUAAAUGAUAAAUUGAAAUAUGUCGCUUAAUUUGGAGGAAAAUUAAAUAUCUUUUGGAAUGAUCCAGGAGUGAAACCUGAAGGAGAUGAUUUGUAUCAAUAAUACUCUAUCAAAUUUAAAGUAGUGAUUCCUUUGACUCCAACUCUGUAUGACAUAUACUUGAAUGUCAUAAAGUCUCUGAACAAAGAACUGCAAUAUGAAGUGACUGACAUCGAUAAGCUGAUAUUUAGUCAACUUAACAGCGUAGUUGAGGAUUUCAUUUAGACAAAAUACAGGUUGAUGUGCAUAAAGACACUUAAAAACGUGGCUUUGGAAUUGCUUUAGAACUCUUAUGCUGUAGAAAAGACGGAACGAGUUGUUUUGAGAUGCAAAGAAAUGAUGGACAUCUUGUAUCCUCUUUUAGAGAACAGAAGUCAAUACAAUUAGAUUUAUGUUUAGAUCAUUUCAGAAAUGCUGUAUUUCUAGUUAGAUAAAGCAAGACAAGUGCUAUUGAAGGUGUACAAGGAAUCGAUACUAAGCAUUUUCAACAAGGAGGACUUCUUCAUUUAAUCCAAACAUACAUUAAAGUAUUGGACCAAGAUUAUCAAUUGGGUUGUGUAGUAUGGCAGAAGUGACUUAUUCACUUAGUAUUUGGAGUAGGUGGCUCAACAAUCUUCGUUUUUCUUCAGCAGAGAAAGUGAGGAGAACAAAAGGAGGAUUAAGACUUUCGAAAGGAUCUGUUUUCUGAUCUUCAGUGGAGAGAGAGAUCGAUACACUAAGAAAUUAGAUUUGUUGAUUGAAAAGAUUUCUGAAGUCAUAAAAUCGGAUUCAGCCAAUCCUGGACUCGUUAUGCUCAUUCUAUUUUGUGUUAGAAUUCUGAUUUUGAGAUUGUCACCAAUUUAGUUGAAUGAACUAUUUAGGAAUAUGUGGCCAACACUUCUAACCUUAUUGAUUAGUAUUUUCAAAAAUAAGCAAUCAAACCAAAAUUUGGUAUUGGCAGCCCUUAAAUUGGUGGAAAUGAUCUCUUUCAUGCAAUAGGAUGAGUUCUUCCUGCAUUAAUGGAUUUUCAUUUACGAUUACUUUGGAAUUAAGAUCCAGGAGAAUCAGGGGAUAGGAGUGCCAAUCACUCCGUUUUUGUAUUAACCUUAUUGUUCGAACUUCUUAUUUUAGCAAUAUUCAGUUGAUUACAGUAAGGUGGAGUAGACCAAUGUGACUGAUCCUUAGAAGAGAGAAAUAAUAAUUAAGUAAAUCAAAGUGGAUGGACAACAAUAAUUGGAGGACAUCUCUUUGUAAUUGUGUAACUAUUUGGUGCAGUUGAAUAGCAUUAGGAUUUACACUGUCAAUGAAGACAUUGAAGACUUGAUAGAGAACGAUUUCAUCUAAUUGGAUUAGUUUAUAUAUGAAUAAUAAUGAUUAAUAUAUGUUUACUUUAUCAAGAGAAAAA